AAAAUGAAUGAAGAAAUCGAUCAUCAUUUAGAAAUGCAAGAGACUAAUGCUAUGUUGCUUUAGUAAUUUGAAAAAGUGACAGAACAAUAAGAAGCAGAGACUCCAAAUAAAUAUUCUGAUCAUUCAGAUCCACCUUCGCCCACUAAAUAAAAAUCUAAAAAGAAGGAAAGAAUUGUCGAGAAGCUUUUAGAAAAUAGAGCAAAAUUCAAUGACAGGACAGCAUUAUUCAAUUUAAUCAACACUUUACAAUUGGUAAUGGCAUUUUCUAAGAAUUUAGGCUAUAACUCUAUACAAUCUUAGCUCAAUUAUUAAUAUAGAAGGAUAGACAAAUUUAAAAUUUUAUGAUACCACUCAAAUCUAUAGCUAUUAUGUGUGGAAUAAACAAGGAUUCACUGUUUACUACUUGAUUAUCAUUUUGAUUAUGGUUCACAUUUUAAAAUUGUUAACAUGUUUGGUGGGUAUCGAUAAAAUUUAACAAAUUAGGUUAUUUUUGUGUUGUGCAAAAGAGUGAAAAAUUGUUAACCAUCUUCAUGAUGUUAACAUUUACUUGUGUGAUCACAAGAGGAAUAAUAACUAUAUUACUACUAAUCGAUUAUAGUUAAAUAGAACUCACCUAAUCGUAUAUAUACGGAGAUUCCGAUAAGGUAGCAUAAUCUUAAGCAGUGUAAUUUACCAUAGUUUUGGUUCUUUUUGUUGCAGUAGAGAUAAUAAUGGGUUUGUAGAGUCUCUUAUUGGCAGGUUAGGCUAAGAAGAAAUAUAAAUGUACAUUAAUUCAUCAAUAUAAAUCAAGCUAUGCGUAUCAACGAAAAGAAAAUUGCUGCUCAUUAUUCAAUUGCUUACUAGAUCAUGUUAAGAUAAUUUGUAAUUUGAUUUGUUGUAUAAUAAAU